CCGAUUUGUCUAUUGGAUGAACCACGCAACGUGGGCCGUUAUCGUCGUAAAGUGAAAAGCACAUAAGCAUAACCUGUUUCGCUGACUUGAAGUAUUUCCCAUCAUCAUCAUCCCAUCUCUAGAAAGACACUCAGCAAGCGGAAGAGUCUGCAUUUAUCAUUUAGGAUCCCAGCAACGCUCCUUUCUUUGAUUUCCAUAUAGAACUUUCCCGACAUUCUUUCUCCUGAUACAGCUGCCGUGCUUCCAUCGAUCCACUUUCGACAACCGAGAACCUCCCCUGCCUCAGUUGAAGUUCCUAGAUCGCAAAUAUGGCACGAGGCUGUACCGCCGACUACGUCAACGCCGAGUGGUCGUUCUACCGAUUCGAGCCCUCAACGGCAGCGGCUGUCUUCUUCUGCGUCGUUUACGUCCUCACCACCGGCCUUCAUAUCUUUCAACUCGUCAGGACCAAGACAUGGUACAUGACCGCUUUUGUCAUCGGUGGACUGUGCGAAGUGAUUGGAUACGCUGCGAGAGCGCAAAACACGACACAAGAGCCCGGAUGCUGGACUCUCGGCCCUUAUAUCAUCCAGAAUGUUCUCCUCCUCAUCGCGCCGGCCCUCAUGGCAGCUUCCAUCUACAUGAUCUUGGGCCGCAUCAUCAUGUUGACCGACGGCGAGAGCCAUGCCUUGAUCAAGCGGCGCUUCUUGACAAAGAUAUUUGUUUCUGGAGACGUACUGUCGCUUCUAAUGCAGUCCAGUGGUGGUGGUAUGAUGGCGUCCGGGGCAAGCAUGAUGGAUCUUGGCGAGAAGGUUAUUAUCGUCGGCCUCUUCAUUCAACUUGCCGUCUUUGGCUUCUUCAUCAUCGUGGCCGCCCUCUUCCAUCGCAGAAUGGUGCUCGUUCCGACCGCAAAGUCCCACCAGCCCGAGAUCCGCUGGCGCUACUACCUCUUGACGCUCUACGUCACCAGCGUACUGAUCUGGGUGCGCAGCAUCUUCCGUGUCAUUGAGUACCUGGAGGGCAACAAGGGCCACCUGAUGACCAACGAGGCGUACGUCUACGUCUUCGACGCAACACUCAUGUUCCUCGUCAUGGUGUGGAUGAACUGGUUCCACCCGAGCGAGAUCGGUCUCCUCCUCCGCGGCGAGCCGCCCAUCAAGAACGGACUCGAGCUCGUCAUGAUGAAGAGGAAGUUUGGCAAGGUCCAGAACGAGAGUAGCAGCAUGAGUGCUUAGAUGAUCGAUCGAGAUUCGAGAAGAAGUACCCAGGACUUGGGACAGGGUGUUAGGCAGGCACGGGGAAAGGCGCUAGGUUUGAGGAUGCCUUUCGAGAUAACUACUUGGGUAGUAACAGUCAGUACACGAUUGGGGUGGCUGGGGUCAUGCCUGUUAUUUGAAGCAUUUCUUUCGUUGGGAAUAGAGGUCGUUCGGAGUAGGCCGAUGGGACUCUCGCAACGGCAGACGCGAUCGAAAAUGCAGUGGGACGGCAACAGCCAUAGAGUGUAAUGAGGUCGAUUCUAGACGGAGAUCGUGACUCAUCCAUGGGCUGGACGUUUUAUUUGUAGACUUAGGAACUCACAGCGCCAUAAAGUCAAGUCUAACAAAAAUGAUGUUCCAGGGCGAGCAACUGUGAUGACUUGACGCAACGAAGAAGUCGAGUGCAGGG